CUCUUCUCCCCCGUCUCUGUAGGGUUUUAUUCCUGUAUCUCAAAGAAAAAGGCUUCAGGGUUUGUAUUCUUGCAUCAUUUCAUUUGCAGCUCAUUUGAUCCAGUCGAAGGAAAUGAGCUUGGUUUUAAGAUUAAGGCAUCAUUUACAUAGUGGAUUUUUUUGCAGAAAACCCUUUGAGUCUCAGAUUGUAACUCUCAAUGCUUUCAGCUCAAACAGAUUAUCUCGAAAUUUUAGUCAACCUGCAAAGCAAGAACAGGAAGACGAGGAAGAAGAAGUUGAGAUUGAUCAGAGGAGACUCCCAGCAGACUAUGACCCUUCUAAUUUCGAUCCCACCGAACACCGUAGUCCUCCGACGGAGCGUGUUUGGAGACUCGUUGAUGAAAUCUCUGGCCUUACUUUGUCUGAAAUUGCCGAGUUGGGGUCUAUUAUAAUGAAGAAGCGUGGAAUGACUGAGCCGCCAACUGUGGGAGUUAUGAAGGCUGGUGCUGCUGCUGGCUUGGCUGGAAUGGCAAAGAAGGCGGCAGGUGGCGGGGCCGCCGCUAAGGAAGAGAAAAAAGCAGAGAAGACUGUUUUUGAAUUGAAAUUAGAGUCAUAUGAAGCUGCUUCAAAGAUUAAAAUAAUAAAGGAGGUUAGGAGUUUUACUGAUUUGGGUCUCAAGGAAGCUAAGGACUUGGUUGAGAAGACGCCCGCUGUCUUGAAAAAGGGAGUCUCAAAGGAAGAAGGUGAACAAUUAAUUGAGAAGAUGAAAGCUCUUGGUGCUAAAGUUGUUUUAGAAUGAACAUUAGACGAGAGGGAUAGCAACAGGUAUUUUUGGUUUUCACCUUGGGAUUUUUAUGGAUGUACUUGUUGGUUCUUAGGAAACUACAACUUUGCAAAUCCUUAACAGCUAAAGAGUGAAGUACCGAAAUUUCAUUCUCUUACUCUGUUGAUCUUUUGAGCUUAUCAAGUUGGAAUUUUUUUUUUCUCAACAAAUGGCCACGAUAUGUGGAAAAUCAUUCCAUCUUUUUAACAUGUUGUUUACUUUAUUUCUUGAAGAAUAAUUCAUAUGAUGGUUGAUUAUGUUGCUUAA